CGACAGAUUCAGCACAGCCACUGUAAGAACAAGUUCAAUCUCUCUCUUCUACUGUACCACUGCUGAAAGAAAAGGACAGAAAAAAUACACAAGGGAUACAAAAAUUAAAAGAAGAGACAAAAAGGAGCUUUAUAAUAUAGAAGGAAAUCUACUGAGGUUGACAAGCCAUUAACAUCAUAAGAACAAGGAUAACAACACCAUAAACAGCAGCAAUUCAACACUAAAGGGAUCCAAAAAGACACAAAUAUGACUAAGGGAAAGGUAAAGAUUUCUCUCUUUUAUAAAAUUACCAUUUCAAAGCUGAUGUGAACAGAAAUUGAUUGUUGUUCUAAAUUUCCAAUUCCAGACAUAUGUGGUUUUCUCUCUGAUAUACUAUAGAAUAAUCAUCAUAGACUAUACGGACAAAUAUUUAUCUAUUUCUUAAAUGUUAUGCUCAUUCACUGUCCACUAGUCUCUGGUCACGUUCCCCUGCUCAGACGUUGCAUGCAUCAACCAAUAGUUCCGUGCCACGUCAUCGACUGUGCCGUCGGGCACCAGAUUGCUAUAACAUAUGAUGUGGUUAGCUGAUAUGUAAAAUACCUAUCCAGGCGUGGUAAGAUCUGGCAAGCGUCACCAACGCCUGGGCAGAGGAACACGCCCUAUAUGUCGACCAAACUAAGAUGGCUGUCUACUGAGAGUAUCCUAAUCCUUAUCCUAUCCUAAACACUGAUGAAACAUGGAGGCUUGUUUACACUGAUACAGGCCUCUACGUGUAGCCUAUCUGGAUUAUCAGUAGAUCACAAGGAGUAGAAUGCAUGAAUAGAAUCAUGCAUAGAAUAGAAUAUAGCAAUUUUAUAAAUUGUUUAUCCUUCACCUGUUAUCCUUCACUUGCCCAUUUUGUCUUAUAGCAGCAAAAGGAAGUUGAGUUGAAAGAAGUUGAGUUGGAUGAAGUGAGUUUUAUGUUAUAAGAGUGCAGGGCCGGCUCUAGCCUUUUGGGGGCCCCAAGCGAGAUUUGAUUGGAGCCCCUCCCACCUCACGACCCAAAACAUGACUCGAUAGAACAUUAGUUAAUUUCAAGCCAUGCUUCAUGGCUAUACCUAGGUAUGUUUCGAUUAACUUGUCCAGAGAUUUUUUGUCAAUGUUUAGAAAGUUUGCGUAGAAAAUGGAUGUAACAAUUGCCUGCUACAGUGCGUUUCCAUUUAACUAUCUCAUGUCGAUAAAAACUGCUGGAUGUAAUGAUGUCACACCUAAAAAAUACAUUUUUUGCAAAAACCUACAGUGUUUCCAUUACCCAUUUAGGUAAAUUGCGCAUUAAUAAAUUGGUGACAGCCUGUAUGCCCUCCCACCUAUGUUUCAUGUCUCAUGUAGGUUGAGAAAGCAAUCAGAAAAGCAAGGCGAAGCAAUUCAGGCAUUCUUGAAAGUCAGGACAAUCCUUGUCCUGCAAAGAAACAUAAUUGUUCUAGUUGAAAAAGAAAUUAUGCAAGCAGUAGUAAUUUAGAAUGAAAUAUGGAGCGGCGUUUUAUAGUUACGUGAUGACAUCACAUGCCCUGCGUACCUUCACAAUUAUUCGGCAACCAUAAUUUAUUAGAAAAACAGUUUCCAUCAACAUUUGUCGCAAUAAAGAAAGUUAGAUAAAAGAAAAAUACACCCCUGUGGGAUAGAUAAAAAUGUUGUCGAUCUUUAGAAAAUGUCUCCUAUAUCAGAUUUUCUUUUGCGGCAUUGCUUUUGUCAAAUAAACCUGGGUCAAUGGAAACCUGCCUAUUGUCACUCAGUGACUGACAUAAGAGGAAAACUGCACAUGCACUGUCAAACUUUCAUCCAUCCAUAGCCUAAGUGUGUCUUCCAUAAUUAUUAUAUAUUUUUUUAUUAUAGCGCGUGAUCUGUGUACAGGGCGAGCCGGCCCUGUACGAGUGAAGUGUUUAUUAAAAGUGUAUUUCAGUUUGAUACUACAUACAGUGAGCUCCAAAAGUAUUGGGACAGGGAAAAUGUUGUUGUUGUUUUGGCUCUGUACUCCAGCAUUUUAAAUGAAACAAUGACUACGAGGUUAAAGCGCAGACUGUCGGCUUUAAUUUGAGGGUAUUUUCAUCCAUAUCGGGUGAACCGUUUAGAAAUUACAGCACUUCUUGGACAUAGUCCCCCCAUUUUAGGGGACCAAAAGUAUUGAGACAAAUUCACUUAUGUGUAUUAAAAGUAGUAAAAAGUACUUGGUCCCAUAUUCAUAGUACGCAAUGACUACAUCAAGCUUGUGGAGCCACUUUUAUUGUAAAUAAGAAUAGAAUAUGUUUCUAAACUCUUCUACAUAAAUGUGGAUGCCACCAUGAUUACGGAUAAUCCUGAAUGAAUCGUGAAUAAUGAUGAGUGACAAAGUUACAAACACACAAAUAUCAUACCCCAAGACAUGCUGACCUCUCACCAUUACAAUAACAGGGGAGGUUAGCAUUUUUUUGGGGGGGGUAUGAUAUUUGUGCAUAUCAUUUCAAAUCCAAAGUGCUGGAGUACAGAGCCAAAACAACAACAAAAUUGUCCCUGUCGCAAUACUUUUGGAGCUCACUGUAUAUAGACUGGUAUCUCUGAUCAUUUGUGUAUCUUACCAUAUCCUAAGGUGACUCCAAGGACAGGCAAAGAAUACCCACCCAGCUAUGAAGAGGCUACUGCAGGUAAUAACAAAACGUCUUUGUAUCUCAACUAGUCAGUUACACAGGAAUAUCUCAUCCUCUUCUAUCAAUGGACACCUUUAUGGCUACAGUAUGCAGUGGUCUUCUUCUUCUACACCCGGAUGCACACCAACCCACACACAACCACCUUACUAUAGAACAAAGACAAAUGGGCAGGAAAGGGGGAUACCUAAUCAGUUGUACAACUGAAUGCAUUCAACUAAAAUGUGUCUUCCGCAUUUAACCCAACCCCUCUGAAUCAGAGAGGUGAGGGGGGCUGCCUUAAUCGACAUCCACGUCAUCGGCGCCCGGGGAACAGUGGGUUAACUGCCUUGCUCAGGACAGAUCUUUAACUUGUCAGCUCGGGAAUUCGAUCCAGCAACCUUUCGGUUACUGGCCCAAUGCUCCUACCCGCCAGGCUACCUGCCGCCUACAUUGUAGCGUGUGAUGUAACCAGUGUGGCAGGUAGUCUAGCGGUUAAGACUGUUGGGCCAGUAACCGAAAGGUUGCUGGUUCGAACCCCGAGCUGACUAGGUGAAAAAUCUGCCAAUGUGCCCUUGAUAAGAGUGUCUGGAUAAGAGCGUCUGCUAAAUGAUGUAAAAUGUAAAUGUCAGGGUUGAAUCUUUACACAUCUGCUGUUUUAACAAGAUGUUUAACCCUCGGUCUUCCUUCCUGUCAGAUUAUGAGGAGAUACAAACCCAGUUCUCCUGGGAUGACCAGGCCGUCAGGAGGAUCUUCAUCAGAAAGGUACUAAAACAGGGAGGGACAACCUGAAUUUAUAAGAAACACUUGUUUUCGUUUUCGGUUGCAAAAUGUUUUGCCAUGGUGUAGGCAAAUGAAUAUGAUCCAGAUAAUGAUAUUACUGUAACUGAGCUACACAGACUUUUCUAAGCAUGCGACCCAUGUUUAAAUGCAUGAUCUAGCAUGUAGUAUAGUAUUUUGAGGGUGUAUCUGGGCCGGCCCCUCUUAUUCCUCCUCUGGAUCCUUAUAGGUCUAUGCCAUCCUGAUGAUCCAACUCUUUGUGACUGUGGCCAUUGUUGCGCUCUUCACAUUCUGGUAUGUAUCAUAUCCAAUACAUUGUAAAUAUAUCCAAAAUAUAAAUAUUCAAUACAUUUGAUGAACAUGAGCGUAACACUCUCAUUUCUCCACAGUGCACCAGUGAGGUUCUACAUUCAGACACACCCCCACCUGUACAUGUGCUCCUAGUAAGUGACAACUAACAUCUUGAUUGACAUGUCCUGACCUUUCCUCACCUACACAGUGAAUCCCAAACCAGCCCCUCACCCCUACCAACUCGCUUGCAGGGCCCUCCGUUGUCACGUGUUGCUGACGAAACUGAGGGUGACUUCAAGAUUGGUGAGGGGAUCAAAUAAACCCAUCUAUUUUGGGACACACUUCGAGACUUGAAUGAUGCAAUUCAUGUUACACAUUUAAAUAAUACAAUUAGCAUGACAUUCAAAUAAGAAAAUCCCCCCUGUCGUUUUACAAGAUAUAAACCUCAGUAACAGUAUUUAAUUAGGGAUGCAUUUCAUAUUACUCUAAAUCAGACACAAAGAAAUACAAGCCUCCAUUAUUUUGUGUGAAAUAGCGCAAAUUCAAAAAGAAAUUGCUGCGUUAUGGGAUACUACUUAGCUCUGAAGCCUGCAGCUUAGCCAGAGAGGAAGAGGCGAAGCGAGACGUUUUACUGACGAAGUGAGGAGUUUUUCCUAUGGAGGUCAAUGAGUGUCGAAUUUCGUCAACAAAAAAUGUAAUUGCUAAUUUGCUACGUGAGGCUUAUUUGAUCUAAUAUAAGUUUCAUAAUGGUUAGGAUAUUACGUGGACGCACGUGGCAUUUCCGCAACUUACCCCAAAACGACUUUAUAUUGGAGUCCCACCUGCAUUCCCUCUUUGAGGACAUGUAUUUCCAUUGUUAGAGCGGUCACUCAAAUAUCUUGUCAAUAUAAUAGACAAUCUUUAGCGUCGCUGACUCGGUUGAAGUGAUAUCCGAGGGUCUAAUUAGCCUGGCUGACGUGACUCACAGCACCGGGAGAGCUGUCACACAAUGGUCUGGACAGGAGGCCUUUGUAAAUGCAGUAUUCUCUCAGAAGUUGAGCCGACACAUUGAUUGGUUCUCUCUUACAUAUUUUUUUCCUCGGGGGUUGAGACCUCUGGUUGUUUGGAUUUUCAAAUCCAACCAUUGUAAUGGAAGGGGGCAUUGCGCUGGGGCUGUGUGGUUGUGCAUGUUAGUGAUGUGCAGGUCAGCUGUUUGUUCUCCCGCAGCUGCCCGCAAUUGCUAAUAACCCAUCUGCAACCGCCGACUAUAUGUGAUAAAGUGAAAAUCUGAGUCCCGCACCCGACCCUAACCUGCAAAUAUAAAAAAUGCGCUGUACAGUCAGAUGGCGGAACGAUAUUUUGACAGGCCUUUUUAGAUAGGCCUAUGUUUCUCCUUAUAAUUUCCGACAUAUGGUAGGCUAUUUGUUAGUCAACUUGUAAUAAAUCAAUAGAAUGAAUUCUUCAGUCUAGUUGACACUGGUAAAGUUAGCUUUGUCUUUCCUCUUUCAUCUCUGCUUCUUGCCUGUUAUGAGUCAACCCGAACAUCACUAGUGCCGGUGGGUGUUUUUGUGAGAAAGACACAGAGGAGAACCAACCAGUAAAAGCACUGCACCCUUCAUUAUCGAUGCAUCAUGCCAACAACAUCAAAACAGCCUUUCCAGACUCUGAAAUCAGGAGGACUUCGAAUUAGGUGUUAGCCAGACUACCAAUAGGCUCUAUGCACGCAUCACUUCCGCAUUGGCGUAAGGAUGCUUGGGCAUUUCCGGUUACCGGAAAAAAACAUUAGACAGUGACAGUAGACCGUUAUGAUGGCAGAGAUGAAGUUUACAAGGUGUUUGCUGGAGUUGCCUAAAGUAUCUGUUAAAUGAUAUACGGAGGGUCAUCCAGACAUCCAGUACGACACCACGUAGCAAACUGGAUAAAGGCUUCAAAUUUUACGUUUCUUAUUUUCUUUGCAACUUUGAAGGUAAUAUGCUAACGCUAGCUAGCCUGAGCUAGAAGCCUUGCUUUGGUGUUUUAAGUCAUGUCUCCGUCCUGCUUCAGGUUAAUCAUGCUUUAAAUAAAGUUUAAUCAUGUGUAUAUACCUCUCACUUAAUGUGUUUGUACUUUUAUGAAAGUAUCAGGUAAAAACAGGGCUACAAAUGAGAUCUCUGUGAGAGCCCACUGCUACCGCUCAAUGAAGAAACUAAAGCCACCACACCAGCUGAGAGUAGGACUAGAUUAAGUGACACGUUCAAAGUUCUGUUGAACUCGUUCAAGGUUCCGUUCAACACAUGUUUUACUCGUUUAAUGUUACCACAGCUUUGAUUGCCAUUGCUAAGAGAACACUUUAGAAUUUUAGUGGUUUUCAUGAUAGCUGAACAGUGGUAGCCUAAUACAGACCAGGGUAGCUGAGUGGGAAUUGCCAUGCUUUGUUGUUGGGUCUGUUGUAAACAAAUUGGAGUUUGGUUUGAAAUGUAAACAAUAAUGAGAUUACUACUUUUUCCUGACUUGAUGACUGCAAUGACAGUAACAUAUUCCACUCAGCUAUUCUUCAAACUGCUGAUGUUCUAUUCAAAACUGUCCUGUCAUCUUUACUUCUUUCUUUAUAAACAUAUGGCCCAACUUCCUUGCUUUUGUACUUGAUGUUUCUACUUUUCAAGAGGAAUUAGGAGCAAAACCUUCACUCUACUGUUGUUAUUGGUACUAGGCUACAAUGUUGCACCACUCACCUACUGCUCUGCCAAUACUGUUUGAAGGUAGGUAAAUGGCACAAGACAAUAGGUAAGUGGUGGGAGACAGUAUAGCCAAGUGGUGCAAGACAGUAGGAAAGUGAUGCAGAAAGCACAAAAGUGACACGAGACAGUAGAUAAGUUGCUUACACAAGUAGAAAGAACAAGUUUUGCUCCUACUCCUGCUGCUGUAGACCCUCGUCUUUCAAAACCCAUUAAAUUAUGCUUCUGUGUAUUUCAGAUGACAUUGCGUGAUUCACAGCCAGUUGUGCUUGUUAAAAGCUACUGUUCCUGUGUGGCUGGGUGUGGGAUAUGCAAUCAUUUGGUUGCAUUACUAUAUCAGACUGCCCAUUACUCUGAAUGUGGCAUGUCUGUCGUCCCUCCUGUACUUUCGUGCACUGAAACAGAGCAGAAGUGGCAUAAACCACAAACAAUGGUUUGUAUCAUUUCAAUACCAGUAUUAAAAUGAUACAAAGUAUAGUCACCCGUAUGAUCUUGCAGGUGGCUGGCUCUAUCUGCUUCAAAAAGGCCAUCAGGUGGGCAUGACUUGCAAACCUGUGGGACAUACGUGUUACAUUUCUAUAUGUUAAGUGUCCAUACACAACAUUAAAUUGCAAGCAUGUUAGCAUCCUUAUUGACAGUUAUACAACAUCUUAGAACAUUUGGCACUAAGGUCAGAAACUGGACCACGCACACGUCAGUCCUUUUGCUUACUGCUCUUCUCAGUAUUUUAAAAUACAAUUAGCCUAGAUCUAGAUAGUUUUAGAUAGAUACUUUACUCAUCCCGAGGGAAAUUCAAGGUUUCCAGUAGCUUACAACAACACACAUCACACAUGCAACAUUUAAACAGAUAAUAAUACUAGUCAUUGUUGACAGCUCAAAUGCAUAGGCCUAUAUAUUAAACACAUUGGACAUUUUAAUUUACCUUGUGAAAAACCUUAUGUCAUCAUCAGAUCCAGCAAACCACUCCAAGCAGAACUUGCUGCUGAUAGUUAUCUCCUCAAUUUGAUUUCGGAGCCUUGCUAUCUCUACACUAAGUUCUUAAUUGUGGUCAAGGGACAUAUCCAGCGCAGCAGGUUCAGUACUGUUGCAGUAGUCAUGGUCAGGAGGACAGUCCAAUUCCACAGAUGGAUCAUUCAUGGUUUCUGUGUUGGUACGCUCGGUCCUUUCCCAAACUCCGGGCCUUGGGGCUGGAAGACUGAAAUUGUUCCAUUGAAACAGCACUGGAACAGCUCCCUUCUUCAGACGUCUGCGCCCAGCUGGAGUUGGAGGCUCUAUCACAUCUUCACUUAGAAAGUGUCGGCUGCAGACUCGUGUGUUUGUUGUAAGAAAGUUGAAUUGUCGAAUGUUAAUCACCCACCGUUUAUGUAAUUCACUGUCUUUGGGAAAAGUAAAAAAACUAACAGAAGAAUUGCAUCUGGCAGACACUGUACAUUGCGGCACACAGCAGUGAUGGCUGGAAGAGCUGUCAUCCCGUUUUUGAAAGGACACUUUCGUACGUUUACACGUCAUCGUGUUAUAAGUCAAGACGAAGUAUUACAAGUAAAAACAUGAACAUAAACAUUAAGAUAAACAACAACAACGACGAAAAUUAACCAUUUUGGAUGUUUUUGACGACAAGCAUUCAAUGCUAGCAUACGGUAGCACAGCAUUCUACGAUAACCGGAAGUUUACAUCCAUCCUGAGAUUUAACCGGAAAUACGUCAUGCUCGCCUGUGCAUAUCGCCUAUUAGCCCCUACACCGUCCAUGAUUUCCACUCCCUCAGGUUUGGGAGACUUGUGCAUAUGGCGGAGGCGCGCGUGAACGCGCAAAUGGUGGGCUGAGGGGCAAGGGGAAGGGGGUGAUUUGGGAUUCAGCUAUGUAAUUGUGUUAAUAAUGAACUGGUUUCUUUUUGCUUUUCGACAGCAUGAUGUUCUUGGCCACCUACAUCGCAUUGAACUGCUGUGGUGAACAAAUCAGGUAAGAGUUUCGCUCCUAUGAAAAUUACAAUCUGGGUAGUACACAGCACUUACAUAAAAUAUUGACAGUCAUGUCAAAAAACAGAUGUUCAAUAAAUCAAAUAGUGAAUGUAGUUUUAAUAUGCAUGAACACCAACACUUAUUACACAUUAAGCAGGUGUAUAACACCGUAAGGUAUUUAUAACAUUAUUCAUAGGUUAUGGUUGUGAUCAUCCAUAGUAAAUGGUAACUUGCAAUAUUAUAGAGUGUAUUCACCAACCUGAAUUCUCUGUAUCUCUAUAAUAGGAGACAGUUUCCCUGGAACCUUGUUCUGCUGGCUCUCUUUGUGAGUAUGAUGAGUAACAAAUAUUAAACAAAUAGAGAGAAUAGCAUGUACCCAAUACUCUCCCUGCCUGUCUGUGCACCUGAUUGACUCUGCUCUGUCUGCUCUCAGACUCUCAGCCUGGCCUGCAUGAUGGGCUUUGUGUCCAGGUAAAUGACUUGUGUUUAAUGUGUGUGUGUGGGGGGGGGGGGGGAUACCCAGUCAGUUGCACAACUGACUGCAUUCAACCGAGUUAGUUAGGGGCUCAAAUGUUGACAUCAAUUAUUUAUGAAGAUAAGAAUGAAUUAACACAUCUAUCAACAUCUACAAAGGAUGGGUCGGAUGAAUGAUUGAUGGAUUAAUCAACAUCUGCCUCUACUCUGUUUCUCCAGCUUCUACAACACCAAGUCUGUGGUCCUGUGUCUAGGAAUCACUGCUCUGGUGUGUAUGUCUGUCACCAUCUUCAGCUUCCAGACCAAGGUGAGAAAAAUGACCCCAAUCUCCACACAAGCUUCCUACUCAUUGAAACAAAAACAUACAAAUAAUGUAAAUAGUCAUGAAUUAAAUUAGUAUGUCAAAUCAAAUUGUAUUUGCCACAUGCGCAGAAAACAACAGGUGUAGACAUUACAGUGAAAUGCUUACUUACAAGCCCAUAACCAACAAUGCAGUUUAAGAAAACAUAAAUAAAAAUAGCAAAUAAUUAAAGAGCAGCAGUAAAAUAAAAUAACAGUAGAGAGGUUAUAUACAGGGGGUAACGGUACAGAGUCAAUGUGCGGGGGCACCGGUUAGUCGAGGUAAUUGAGGUAAUAUGUACAUGUGGGUAGAGUUAAAGGGACUAUGCAUAAAUAAUAAACAGAGUAGCAGCAGCGUAAAAGAGGGGGUUGGGGUGGGGUGAGUGGGGGGUGGCAAUGCAAAUAGUCCGGGUAGCCAUGAUUAGCUGUUCAGGAGUCUUAUGGCUUGGGGGUAGAAGCUGUUAAGAAGCCUUUUGGACCUAGACUUGGCGCUCCGGUACCGCUUGCCGUGCGGUAGCAGAGAGAACAGUCUAUGACUAGGGUGGCUGGAGUCUUUGAUAAUUUUUAGGGCCUUCCUCUGACACCGCCUGGUAUAAGGUCCUGGAUGGCAGGAAGCUUGGCCCCAGUGAUGUACUGGGCCGUACGCACUACCCUCUGUAGUGCCUUGCGGUCGGAGGCCAAGCAGUUGCCAUACCAGGCGGUGAUGCAAACAGUCAGGAUGCUCUCAAUUGUGCAGCUGUAGAACUUUUUGAGGAUCUGAGGACCCAUGCCAAAUCUUUUCAGUCUCCUUAGGGGGAAUAGGUUUUGUCGUGCCCUCUUCACGACUGUCUUGGUGUGUUUGGACCAUGAUAGUUUGUUGGUGAUGUGGACACCAAGGAACUUGAAGCUCUCAACCUCUACCUGGACAUAUUAUACCUGUUCAGCUUCCUAUCACUAGGGCCAGGAGUUUUACUUAACCACAUGACCUGACCAGGAAAAACACCUACCCCUAUGUAUUAGUGCAGACUUUUGACAAAAUGUAUAUAUGCUACAAUCAGAUAGAUCAUGUGUGCAUUUUAACAACACAUCCCUAUUCUCUCUCCCUUGUUUCCUACUGUAGAUUGACUUCACCUCCUACCAGGGAGUCCUGUUUGUCCUGACUAUGGUCAUGCUGUUCUGUUGCAUCAUACUCUCCAUCGUCAUCCCCUUUGGAUAUGUAAGUAGCCCGUCUGCCUGCUUAGCUUCCAUUAACAGUUGACACUGUAAAUAAGGACAAUUAGGUCACAUGAUGGUGUAAUGAGCAUGUGUACCUUUCCAGAAGGAGAUAAGCAUAGUUGUGAGUGACUCUGAUAGUGAGUUUAUAUAUAGAGUGACGGUAAGGCUUUUGGCCCUCACUCGCCCCAUUUGGGUGGGUAGCAUACUAACAAGUACAAGAAUGAUUAGUCUUGGGUAUUCUCUUAAAGGGAUAGUUCGGGAUUUUGGCAAUGAAUCCCGGUAUCUUCUUUCCCAGAGUCAGAUGAACUCGUGGAUAUAAUUUUUUACGUCUCUGCACCCAUUAUGCAGGAAGUUAGAGGUAAUUUUGCGAGCUUCCUGCAUACUGGACACAGAUACAUUAAAAUGGUAUCGACUAGUUAAUCUGACUCUGGGGAAGUAGAUAAAGGGCUUCAUUACCAAAAUCCCAAACUAUCCCUUUAGUCUUGUGAGAUGAUUAUAAGCCAGUGUCUUUCCUAAAUAAGUGGCCUAUCCUCCUUAGCGCUGUUUGAUAAAAUUCUUACCGUCCGCCACAGGUGCCCUGGUUACAAGCCAUCUACGCUGUGAUAGGAGCUAUCCUCUUCACUCUGGUGAGUGGCAAAUAUUCAACACGCAUUCAUCAUUGGGAAGGCCCAGAGUUUUUCUUGGUCAAGGUCACAUGGUCAGGACAAAUUCCUGGCCCUAAUCAUUAGGUUGCAGUCUGUAGCGAAAUGGUUUGAUCUCAACAUCUCCCUCUCUCCCCCCCACCCCCCACCCUCCUCCCCCACUCUCUCUUUCUCUCUUAGUUUCUGGCAUUUGAUACCCAGCUGCUGAUAGGCAACAAGCGCUACACUAUGAGUCCAGAGGAGUACGUCUUUGCCACCCUGAACCUCUACCUGGACAUAGUAUACCUGUUCAGCUUCCUACUGUCAUGUUUUGGAGGGGGCCGCGACUAAUUAGUAUGUCUACCCGUCUGUCUCUCAAUCUGUUGGGAAACAUAAAAACAUCUAUCAAACUAGAUGUCUGUCUAUUUCUCAUUUAGACCACAUGGGUGUUUUGGCUCUCUACACUCCCUCAGCCCAAUCUCCCUCAACCUUAGAACUUAAAGUGGCACUCCAGUCUACUUUUCACCUCAUUUAACACCCGGGGGGGAGAGGGCCUUCCUCUUUUGUUCACUAUUGCGCCUCUAUUUUUCUUCAAGCAAGGGGGAGGCUGAUGACAUCACUAAUUCCCAUCAGACCAACUCCUUGAAUGUCCUACUUCCUUGAAGUUUGCAGUUAUGUUUAAAAAACACUAUUUUUCUCAAAACAUUUUUUUUUUACCCUUUAUUGUGUGUACUUUACUGUAUUUAUA